GCGAUAACGCGCGAGUAACCAAAUAAGGACAUAAAAUAGAGUAGGGUCUCAAAGCUGCCUACCUAGAUUGAGUUAUUAGGCAUUAUAGGCAGGUUCUGGCGCCUAUGAUGCUGUCUAGGGAGGUUGCUCUAGUGUUUAGAGAUACGGGAAGGAUUUCCUUAAGGAUGUUACGUGAGUGACUUAAAACUAAAUUCUCGAUUAUUUCUGUGACUCAAAUAUUACAGAAAUAGGGGGAGCAUGGCUGUGUGACGAAAAACACAACGUGCUGGUGCUCAUGUCUCACUUAACAUAAAACCACGAGCUCGAGAGCGUUUCAUCACACACCAGCAAACACCUGAUCGACGCAAGAGCUCUCCAAGCAUAAACAGCCUUUUUUUUAAAAUACGGAUUUGUAUUUAUCCAUAUACAUUUGGUUUCGCUGCAAGAAGAGGGAAGAACAGACGACCUCUGUCUCAGUUUCAUACUGGAUUUCGCAACAAAGAGCAGAAUGGAGAAGAUGAAAGACAGUAAGGGGAAGCAGGUGACAUGCUACCUGCUGCUCUGCGUGUCCACGGCCGUCAUCGGCUCGCUGCAGUUCGGCUUCAACACAGGAGUCAUCAACGCACCCGAUGACAAAGUGAAGAACUUCAUCAGAAACGUGACUCUGGUGCGCACUGGAGAGCCCAUGGAUGAAUCCACACUCACAACAGUGUGGAGUGUCGCAGUUUCCAUUUUCAAUGCUGGCGGCAUGAUCGGAUCUCUGAGUGUUGGCGCUCUGGUUGACAAGCUUGGGAGACGGAAAUCGAUGCUGCUGUCCAACAUCCUGGCUCUGAUUGGUGGAGGCCUGAUGGGUUUAUCCAGCAUGUUCACCUCCCAUGAGUUGGUGAUAUUGGGCCGUCUGGUGAUUGGUGUGUUCUGUGGCAUGUGUACAGGACUGACACCCAUGUAUGUGGGUGAAAUUUCUCCAACGGCACUGCGAGGGGCUUUUGGCACCCUUCACCAGCUCGGGGUGGUCAUCGGCAUCCUGGUUGCACAGAUCUUAGGUCUGGAGUCAUUGCUGGGGUCUCAGUCUUUGUGGCCGUUGUUGCUGGCUAUGACGACGCUGCCUGCAGUGGUACAAAGUGUUAUGCUGAUCUUCUGCCCAGAGAGCCCUCGAUACCUGCUGAUCAGUCUCAACCAGGAGGAUGAGGCACGCCAAGUGCUGACACUUCUUCGUGGACAUUCAGAUGUGGAGGAUGACAUUCGUGAGAUGAAGGAAGAGGCCAUGAAGAUGUCCAUGGAGAAGAAGGUUUCUAUUCCAGAGCUGUUCCGUAACUCCGCCUACAGACAGCCCAUUAUUAUCGCCAUAAUCCUGCAGCUGUCCCAGCAACUGUCCGGCAUCAACGCUGUAAUUUAUUACUCAACAGAGAUCUUCAGAGGAGCAGGUAUCACUGGACCAGUCUUUGCCACCAUUGGAAUGGGUGCAGUCAACACCAUCUUCACUGUCAUCUCUCUCUUCCUGGUGGAGAGGGCAGGGAGAAGAACACUUCAUAUGAUCGGACUGGCUGGAAUGACUGUCUGUGCUCUGCUCAUGACUAUUUCUCUUAAACUUGUGCCUGAAGUUGUCACACUUGAUCAGAAUGGCACUGCUAUCUUCGAAUCUGCAUCUGAAGGGGGAAUUUCACCAAUCAGCAUUCUGGCCAUUCUGGCAGUUUUCGGAUUUGUGGCCAGUUUUGAGAUGGGACCAGGACCGAUCCCAUGGUUCAUAGUGGCAGAGUUAUUUUCUCAGGGUCCACGUCCGGCCGCCAUUGCUGUGGCGGGAUGCUGCAACUGGACGGCCAGUUUAAUUGUCGGACUGUCUUUCCUACCACUAUUGAAACUGUGCGGCCCGUAUGUGUUUAUCAUAUUCCUCAUCCUCCUCAUCAUCUUCUUCGUGUUUACGUACUUCCGGGUUCCCGAGACCAAAGGCCGGACGUUUGAGGACAUUUCCAGUGGAUUUUCCAAUGCCGCAGGCUCCAAUGCUGCCAGCUACACGUCUCCAGAGGGUGCCAUUUCUCUGCCAGUGUCCCCGUCAUCAGAGAAGUUUCAGAUGACUGAGCUGACAGGACAGGAGAAAAGUGGAACAAACCUAUAGAGAAACCAUGAUCUACACACUAAAUAGACUCCUACAGCGGACAAUAGAGAACAGAUGCGGAUAAAUAUUGGGCAUUAUUACAAAGGAAAUAGCUCGUAUGGUGUUGAAAGCCUUUUUACAGUUGGCAAUUAUAAAGUCAUUAUGAGCAAAUAAGUGUUACAUGUGGGUACAGCUACCUUUUGCUAAAUUGAAUGUUUAGAUACAGAGUUGUUGCAUUUUAGAUAACUUAUGUGUGAGCACUAAGCACUUGUGCAUAAUCAUGUGGAAUAUUAAACUUAUUACUUAUAUUUAAAUAUUUAUUUAACAAAUUUCUCAUACUGCCCAAAGACUGAAAUCAGACUGAAUUUACGCACUAAUCAGACUCACUAAUGGCCUUUUAAUACUUGUACUGUUAUGGCCACUAUUCAGGUCUUGAGCAUCUGGUCUUUUGUGCAAAGGAGUUCUCAUGUUCAGUGUCAAAAUUUGAUUAUUGAUUAGUGACCUAUACAGAAUCUAAAAAAGAUUCAUCAGUGUUUAAAUGCUAUUAUUCAUCCCUGAAGUAUUUCUCAUGACGGUUGUCACUAGGCCUGACUGAAUGAACACAGGACACAGAAUCAUAUGAAAGUUAAUCAUGACGGGCCAGCAAUCACAAUAAAACAUUUAUUGUUUAACAUGGACCAAUGUGCAUAUAUUUUCAGUAUUUUCCCUAUUUGUGACUGUUACUGUAAUAUUGCUCAACUGUGUAAAUAUAUAUAUUGGUUUGUUUACAUUUCUUACUUCAUUUUGUUGCACUCUGAUUGCAUGAUUGUGAUUUCAGGAUUUAUUUUCUGGAUUUUUACCAAUAUGUACCAACGGUUUUUUUUUUUUUUUUUUUUUUUUGAGUGUUUUAUAUAUUUAUAUAUUUUAUUAUAUUUAUAGCUUAUUAAAUAUAAUUAAUUUUGUUACCAAAUUGUGAUGUUUUUACAUUGCUUUACCUUUGCUUCAAGCACAAUGUCCUAAAAAUAAGUAUAUUUAAUACAUUGAGCAAUGCUUAGAAGCAUAUUUUGUGAGACUGGCCUGAUCAUUCUCACAUAAUUUGAUUUGACUUGCAUAUUUGUGGCUGUUUGCAUCACAGGAACUCUUUUAGAUAACUGUCUUAUGUGAUGUGUCAUAACAUGCAUCCCUGUCAUGAGACAUUAUAUCAUCCAGAAAAGUCACAUGUUAAUAUUCCUUUAUUUGUAAGUCAAUCAUGAUGAUAGUUUAAUCUAAAAAUUGCGUCUGAUUUAUUUUUAAGUGAGGCUAUUCAAAUGCGUUUUAGAACGCUAUGUAAAAGCUUUGUUCAAAAUUAACUAAAUAAAUAAUCAAUCCUAUUUUUGUUUUUAAAUAAAUCAGUCCUUUUUCCAAAA